GCAAAAAGGAAAGGAAGUCAAGAGAUAAUGGCAGAAUCAGUGCAAACAAAUCCAAAAACAACGGUCAAACCUCCUUUUAUUCAAACCAGUUUGACAGAAGUCACCGACCAACUCCCAAUUGAGCCUCCUUGUAGAAUAUUUUUCAAGAAUGAAUACGAACAACCAUCGGGCAGUUUUAAAUUGAGAGGAAUUGGUAAUUUGGUGGCCAAGUCAGUUGAAACUGCGCAGAAAUAUCAUCCCAACAAGUUUAUACAAGUGUUUGCAUCCAGUGGAGGGAACGCAGGUUUAGCAGCCGCUUAUCUGGCUAAGUUUUAUAAUCUUCCAUGCAUUGUUUGUAUUCCAGCUAGUACCAAACCAGAAAUCAUUGACUUAUUGCAUGAAUUGGGUGCCAAAACCAUAAUGAAGGGUGAGAACAUCUUGCAGGCCGAUAAGCACUUGAAAACUUUGAUUGCAAAAUGUGAUUUAAAUAAAAUAUAUCCAAUUUAUUGCCAUCCUUUUGAUAACCCUUUAAUCUGGCAAGGACAUCUGACUCUUGUGGACGAGAUCUUACAGGAACAGUUAUCUCCACAAGAAACUGCAAAAUUAAGAGGUAUGGUUGCUAGCAUUGGUGGAGGAGGAUUAUUCUGUGGAAUAAUGGAUGGUAUAAAGAAGAAUGAUCAACAAAACACGGAUGUGUUAUUGGUAGAGUCAAAACAAGCCCCUACAUUCACUGAGACUAUCAAGGCAGGUGAAAUCAUCCAAUUGAAAUCAGUUAAGAGUUUGGCUACUUCUUUGGCUUGUUCCCAUGUCACAACUAAAUGUCUUGAUUACUAUAAUGACCAAUCGUCAAACAAAACAUUUGUGGAAUCGAUAGAUGACUUGGAAGCCGUGAAGGGAUCCGUCCACACUUACAACCACUUCAACAUUGCCGUUGAGCCCGCCUGUGGUGCUGCCAUGUCGGUGGUUUUCAACCAGUUGAAGCUACUCAAACAUUUCAACUUGUCAAAAGACGAUAUUGUGGUGAUUGUCGUUUGUGGUGGCAGUUGCACCAACAAAGCCGGCAUCGAAAGCUUCAACAAACUACUUAGGCUGCAAGUCAAAUUGUAA